CACUCACCUUCUUUUCUUGCUGUUGCUGUGCAUUUGCCCCGUCACUCUUUUGACUUGAUACUCUCUACCAACUGUAUUUCCACUCACUACAGGAGGAUUUUUAUUCUCACUUACAAUCGUUACCCUUACUGCAAUAGCUUAAUAACCUACCUUCACAAUGCCUUCCUCAAAGGUCUUUGCAGCCAUCUUGGCUGCUCUGGCCAUGGCCGACGCCAGCCCUUGUAAGCCCAAGCCUGUCACAACAAGCGGUUCAACUGCCGCUGUCGUCACUACUUCUGGCUCAACCGACAUUCUUUCUUCUACUGCUACUACUGAGACUGCUGCUACCACCACCACUGGAGCUGCUUGCUCUCACUACACUCCCUACACUGACAUCGUCCCCGCUGAUUGCGGCAAGACGGGCGUUGCACCCAGCUGCGCUGACAAGGUCAUUGGAUCUCCUAUCACUGUUACCGACUAUGCUCAGUGUGGUAACACUUGCGGUAUGACUGUUGGCUGCAAGUCUUUCUCCAUCAAGGGCUCUUCUUGUACCUUGUACAAGGCCCCUGUUUCUUCACUUGGAUAUGUGUUUAACGAGGGUUCCGAUGCCAGCCACUUCUAUGAUCUGGAUCUUUGCUUUGGAUGUGGUGAAGGCACAACUACCUCUGGUACUGAGACUAUCACUGGAUCGCAGACUACUGGAACUGAGACUGAGACCUCCGCUACUGGCUCUGCUACCGAAACUACCGGUACUGCUUCAGCUGGAACUACAACUGCUACCGGCUCAGAGACAGAGACUUCUGCCACUGGUUCCGAGACCGGAACAACAACUGCCACAGAAUCUGAGACUGAGACCUCUGGUACAGCCCAUGCUACAGGCACAACCGACACUGAGACCUCAGCCACUGGUUCCCAGACCGAGACUACAACUGCUCCUGGCGCUACCACUGAGACCUCAGCUACCGAGACCCUCACAGCCAACACAGAUACAACAACAGCCGCUGCCACAACCACAACCUCCGCCGGCUGCACAGCCUACACCCCCGUCGCCAACCCUCCCUCCACCAACUGUGCCGUCCGAGGCGCCCCCAGCGGCCUCAGCGCCUUCUUCAACAACCUCGCAGGUCUCGGUAACUCCAACACCGCAGACUGUGCUCGCAGCUGCGGUGUCUACCACGAUACCACUAAGCCCAACGACAAGUGUGUCUCAUUCGCUCUGGACGCGAGCAAUACUUGCUACCUGUACAAGGUUCCCAUUAGCAGCUUGAAUGUUGGUGAGGGUUCGCCCGUCUUGGAGUUUUAUGACUUUGAGGCUUGCUACUCUUGCGAUGAGGGUGGUGCUACUACCACUGCUGCUGGUGCUGAUACUACCACUACCGAGACUGGCUCAGAGACUGGCACUACUACCACUGCUGGUGCUGACACUACCACUACCGAGACUGGCUCAGAGACUGGCACUACUACCACUGAAGCUGGUGCUGGAUCUACAACCACCACUGAGGCCGGUUCUGAUACUACCACUACUGCUGCUGGUGUUGAUACCACUACCACUGAGGCUGGCUCUGACACUACUACCACCACAGCCGCUGGUGUUGAUACCACUGCUACCACCACCACUGAAGCUGCCUCCACCACCACCGACUCCGUCUGCACCGGCUACACCCCCGUCCCCAACCCUCCCUCCGCCAGCUGCGCCGUCAAGGGCAAGUCCUACAAGACCUAUAUCUCCACCGACACUGGUAGCAGCGCCGAUGUGUGUGCUAGCAAGUGUAGCGAGGUCUCUGGCUGCAAGUCCUUCGCUUACAAGGCUUCUUCAUCCACUUGCACUUUCUACACUCAAACUGUGAGUGAGCUUCAGAUUAACAGCUGUGCUUCUGCGGAGGAGUCUGAGUUCUACGAGUUUGAGAUCUGCUAUGCUGGCUGUGGUCAGGCUACCACUACCACUGAGGCUGCUGGAUCUACUACGACAACUGAGGCUGGUGUUGAGACUACUGCUACAACUACUACUGAGGCCGGUGAGGGUUCUACCACCACCACCGAGGCUGCCGUCGCUUCUACAACUACCACCGAGGCUGGUGAGGCUUCAACCACUACCACUGAGGCUGCUUCUACCACUGAGGCUCCUACAACCACCACAACCGAAGCUCAGUCCACUACCGAGGCUCCCACCACAACCACAGCAGCCCCCGUCUGCACCAACUACGUUCCCCUCCCCAACGCCCCCUCAACCUGCGGCAAGCAAGGCAAGGUCUCCUGCCGCUCCACCCAGAAGCUCGGCCAGGCCACAUCCGUCACCGACGUCAACGCCUGCGGCAAGCUCUGCGGCACAACCCUCACCUGCAAGACCUUCUCCUACACCCCCAAGUUCCGUAGCGCCGGCGGUUACUGCCAGCUCUACUCUGCACCCUUGUCACAGCUCAGCUUCACCCCUUGUAACACGGGUGUCAAGUUCUACGAUCUCGAUACGUGCUACACCUGCUCCAACACUCCUACGCCUACACCUCCUGCUACGUGCUCCAAGUACGUCCCUGCGUUUGAGAAGUGCGCCAAGGACACGCACUGCGGAACAAGCGGUGAGAUCUGUCAGGAGGAGAAGAUCAAUGUCGCGGGCGAUGCGUCGUGCCUUGAGAACUGUGCCAAGAGCUGUAUUGACUAUGGAAAGGAUUGCAAGUACUUCAGCUACCAGCCUGCGUUCUACAACAGCGCUGCCAAGUGUAAGCUGUACAAGAGUGGAAAGAUCACCAAGAAGAGCACUUCUUGGGUCAAGUUCUACGAGCAGGAUUGCUUCAAGUGCCAGCAGUCCAAGUAAGCAACGCAUCUGGGGCAUGAUGAAAUGGGAAUUGGAGGGAGGAGUCGGAGAAAAACAUUCUUUUCAUAUUCUACGACUUUGAACGUUAGCAUUUUUAUGUAAUUACUUUUAUCUUUUUUUGUCUAUUUUAGAUGGACAUAUGAUAUAUACACUAUGACUUGGGCAACCAUUUACUUGUCCCUGAUCGAUCUCCUG